CAUUUGUCAAGAGAUCUGUCAAACGUUUACGGCAAACUCCUACGACAAUUUUUACACUAUUUGUUAUACAAAAAGACCUUAUCAGGCGUUUUUAUUGCAACGGAUACGUAUUACAGGUGCGUUGCGAAAUAUCCUUUCUGCAUUUCACAUGUUAAAACGUACAUAUGGCCGGAAUAAGCCACCCGUUCCUUUACAUUUGGUCUACAGCACAAAUGACAAACCAGGCAUCUCCCGUGGAGGAGCAGGAGAAACUCCUGGAAGAAGCCCUCAAUGUUGUUAAAGUUCAGGCGUUUCAAAUGAAGCGAUGUCUGGACAAGUCCAAGUUGAUGGAUGCAUUGAAACAUGCCUCCACGAUGCUUGGAGAGUUGAGGACCUCGCUGCUCUCGCCCAAGAGUUACUACGAGCUGUACAUGGCGAUCACGGACGAGCUCCGCCACUUGGAGCUGUACCUUCUCGAGGAGUUCCAGAAAGGUCGGAAGGUGGCAGAUUUGUACGAGCUGGUGCAGUACGCGGGCAACAUCGUGCCGCGGCUGUACUUGCUCAUCACAGUGGGGCUGGUGUACAUUAAAACCAACUCGAAUCUCAGGAGGGAUUUGUUGAAGGACUUGGUUGAAAUGUGCCGCGGAGUUCAACAUCCAUUGCGCGGUUUGUUUCUGAGGAACUAUUUGCUUCAAUGCACGCGGAACGUUCUGCCGGACACUAUAGAGGCUCAGAACGAGAAUGAAGGAACUGUCCGUGACGCGAUAGACUUUGUCCUGAUGAACUUCGCCGAGAUGAACAAGCUCUGGGUGAGGAUGCAGCAUCAGGGACAUUCCAGAGACAAAGAGCGUCGCGAACGCGAACGUUCGGAGCUGCGUAUCCUGGUGGGCACCAACCUGGUGCGCCUCUCGCAGCUGGAGUCGGUCACGGAGGACGAGUACCGCCGGCUCGUGCUGCCCGGCAUCCUCGAGCAGGUCGUCAGCUGUCGCGACGCGAUCGCUCAGGAGUACCUCAUGGAGUGCAUCAUACAGGUGUUCCCGGACGAGUUUCACCUGGCGAACCUGCAACCGUUCCUCAAGUCGUGCGCCGAGCUGCAGCCGGGAGUCAACAUCAAGAACAUCAUCAUAGCGCUCAUAGAUAGACUUGCUUCUUACAGUCAGAGGAACGAAGGCAACGUAAAUCUAAGCGUGGUGUUGGAGGACGGUAAGGAACAAGAGGUGCAGUUGUUCGAAGUAUUCUCGGAUCAAGUGGCCGCCAUCACUCAGAGUCGCACAGACAUGCCGCCAGAGGACAUGUUGAGCCUCCAACUGGCACUCCUCAAGCUGGCCCAGAGGUGCCAUCCGGAUAAAUUGAACUACGUAGACCGCGUGCUGGCGCACACAGACAAGAUCUGCGUCGACAUCCACCAGGCUAGGUACUGUCCGAACAUCUUUAAAAAAGUCGGUAAACAAACUCUUGAGCACAACACGCCGGUAUUCAAGGAACUGAUGAAGAUCCUCAAGUUACCAGCUGACCAUUACAAGAACAUCCUCACACUGAUCAAGUUACAGAACUACGCGCCCCUCAUCAGACACCUGAACUACCCUGGCAGGAUAAUGAUUGCGGUACACCUGGUCAACGAUGUUCUGGAGAGUGAUACGAUGAUCUCAACUCCUGAGGAUGUGGAAUCAGUGUUAGCGAUGCUGGAUGUCUUGGUGAAGGAUCAAUCAGACCAGCCCACAUCGGAGCCCGACGUUGAAGACUUCACCGAGGAGCAGGGAUUGCUCGCCAGGCUGAUCCACCACCUGCGCUCGGAGUCGGCGGACCAGCAGUACCUGAUCCUCAGCGCGGCUCGCAAGGCGCUGCAGGGCGGCGGCGCGGCGCGGAUACAGCACACCUUCCCGCCCAUACUCUUCCACGCCUACCGCCUCGCCUUCAUGUACAAGGACCUCAAGGAACAGGACGAGAUGUGGGAGAAGAAAUGCCAGAAGAUUUUCCAGUUCUGCCACCAAACCAUCAGCAUGCUAGUGAAGGCUGAACUAGCCGAGUUGCCGCUCAGGCUAUAUCUGCAAGGUGCCUUAGCGAUAAGCGAGAUCGGCUUCGCGAACCACGAGACGAUAGCUUACGAGUACCUGUCGCAAGCGUUCUCGCUUUACGAAGACGAGAUAUCAGACAGCAAGGCGCAGCUGGCGGCCAUCACACUCAUCAUAGCCACCUUCGAACAGAUCAACUGCUUCGGUGCGGAAAAUGCGGAGCCAAUGCGCACGCAAUGCGCGCUGGCGGCCAGCAAGCUCCUCAAGAAACCGGACCAGAGCCGCGCCGUCGCACUCUGCGCGCAUCUCUUCUGGAAGGGACCCAAGGACGGCCAGCAGUGGCCGCUGAACGAGGGCGGUCGCGCGCUGGAGUGCCUGAAGAAGGCGGCGCGCGUGGCGCAGCAGUGCAUGGACGGCGGCGUGCAGGCGCAGCUGCUGGCCGAGCUGCUCGGCCGCUACGCGCUGCUGCGCGAGCGCGGCAACCACCACGCCACCACCAACCUCAUCGACGCGAUUAUCCAGAAAAUCCGCGAAGAGCUAGCGAACCUCGACCAAUCAGAAGAAGUGGAACAGAUAACAAAGCAUUUCCACAACACAUUACAGCACCUAAAGAACCGCAUGGAAUGCCCCGACCCGGACGGACUUGGCUACGAAGGUCUAGUAUUGUCUUAGUGUCGCGACAAUAGCCCCAAGCAUAAUUGGUUUGCCCAAGUCAGAAAUAAGAUUGCCCUUUUCAAUAAAAUUGCCCUGAAAAUAAACUUUGCCCGUAACCAUAAAAUCCCGAAUAAGGUGGUCCUCGGUAAAAAUAUAAUUGCCCUGGAUAGAAAUGAGUUUGCCCUGGAUAGUAAAGUUGCUUUUAAAGAUAUACCCGACAAUCAUACUAAAUGUAACAAGUUUUCUCUACAUAGACAUAUAUCUAAACUAGCUAAAUUUAUUUAAACGUUUUAUUUUAUUUUUGAAACUGGGCAAUCUUGUCUAUGCCCUUUGGAAUGUAAUCACAUUCCAUACGUAUGACAUUUAUUUGAUUAUGUUAUGAUCUGUAAAACCUUUCUUACUAAGCGACACUUAACGCGCAACAUGUAAAAGUAAAUUUUAUUUGACAGUUGCAUUAAACAGAUAAUGUAGAUAAUACUCAUUUAAUUGGCGUUUAUUUGUGGGAAUAGAUUAGACGGUGACUUUUGUAUUUGAUCGGCUUAUUCAGUACAUCUAGCAUUUACACAGAAAUUGUCACAUAGAUUAUUUUAUUUAUUUAUAUGACCUUCACUGUUGUGCAACGUUGCAGCUCAUGUUGCGCGCUAAGUUACGCAGUGGACGAAAGGUUUGUCAUUAAGCUCUAUAAAGGGUCUUUGAUCACGAUUAUCAAACGCAAUUACGAAAUUAAAAUGCACCGUAAAGUAUGCAGUCGGAAACUACUUUCACUUAAUCAGACAAAAAUUAAUGUAUUCGUUGGUAAGACGAAAAAAUGAGUGAUCCGUAGAACGAAAGUUAACGACAUAGUCCAGCGGAUUAGCAAGCCAAUGUAGGAGUGGGCACAUAGCUUGCAGAACUGACGUUAGAUGGGGUAAACAAGUUCUCGAGUGGAGACCACGUAUCGGCCAACGCUGCGUUGGAUGCAGGCUACUUUCGACAGGUCCGUCUGGAAAUCUUUGGGUCAGGCCUAUGUUCAGCAGUGGGCUUCAUGUGGCUGAUGAUGAUGCUAAGACGUUUUACAUUAAUUUGGAAUUUAGCUGGAUGCAGGCUACUUUCGACAGGUCCGUCUGGAAAUCUUUGGGUCAGGCCUAUGUUCAGCAGUGGGCUUCAUGUGGCUGAUGAUGAUGCUAAGACGUUUUACAUUAAUUUGGAAUUUAGCUGGAUGCAGGCUACUUUCGACAGGUCCGUCUGGAAAUCUUUGGGUCAGGCCUAUGUUCAGCAGUGGGCUUCAUGUGGCUGAUGAUGAUGCUAAGACGUUUCAUAUUUAUAUGAAAUUCAUAAAUUUUAUUUACAUUUAAUGCUGAUUAAGGAAAUGUAAAAUAUCGUGGUCAUAGACCCUAAGUAUGGUAGAUACUGAGCAUUGACCAUUUUUAUAUGUAAAUAGUCGAUAUCAUUAAUAUAAGUUAUGUUAUAAGCGAAUGUAAGGUAUGUUACAAUUUAUAGAAGCAAUAUAUGAUGUUAAUGUAA